AUGAAAUACUACUAUAUGUUCCUCCUAGUACUUGGUGUGUUCUUCAUAGCAUAUGUGAUUUGUAUGAUCCUAUUUGGUUGUCCUCUUGUCUACCUGGAGACUACACUUGGACAGUAUGCAAAUGGUGGGCCACUGACAGCAUGGAAAGUUAUACCUUUAUUUAGAGGUUUGGGAUAUUGUAUGGUAACUACAACCUUCCUGAUCUCAACUUACUACAUGACAGAAGUAACAUGGGCCAUCUACUAUUUUGGUGUUGCCAUGUCAACAGCUCUUGGUGGAAGAAAGUUACCCUGGGAUUUUAGAAAUAAGUCAGAAGAAGUGUUAGAGUCAGAUAGUAUCUACCUCUUUCAAACCAAUCUACCUCAGUAUGAUAGUGUAGCAGACGUCAGUGCAGGGGAGAGAACUCCGCAUUCCUUGCAAUAUACAUGGACCAUUCAGUAUUUCUAUUCAAAUGUUUUGAAUUUUCCCGGUUCAGCGUCAGAGUUUGGAUUUCCUGUUUGGUAUAUAGUGCUCUGUCUUUUGCUUGCCUGGGUCUGUGUGUAUGCCUCUCUCUUGCAUGGACCUAGCUCCAUCGGUAAGGUUAUGUAUUUGACAGCACCAUACCCCUACAUUGGCCUGCCAGUUCUGUUUGUGUUCUCGUUAUUCAACGAUGGAAGUCUUGAAGGGAUUCGGUUCUUUCUUAGCCCCGACUGGAAAACUCUAGCUGGAGUUCAGAUCUGGAAGGAUGCAGCACAGCUGAUGUUUUUCACACUGAGUUUGGGUACAGGAUGUCUCCAUACACUGGCUGGUUAUACACACUUCCAUAGCCACUGUUUUAGGAACCUUGUACUGAUUUGUCUAUGCAAUGUUAUGGCUGUCAUGUUUGGUGGGUUGACAGUGUGUUCAGGGCUAGGAAUAUUUGCCAACAUGACGAAUGUCUCUGUUAGUGAUAUCCAAUUCACAGAGUAUGAGCUAGGUUUUGUCCUGUAUCCGUAUAUCUUGAUGAACAUAUCAGAGUCUGCAGCUUUAAGUAUGCUGUUUUUCUCCAUCAUCAUCGUGAUUGGUCUGGACACGCUCGUGAUAUACGUGCAGACCUUGGUAGGAGCCAUCACGGAGAAAAUGGUGAAUUGUGGGAUAGGUUGUUCUAGAAUGACACGUUGGAUGGUUCAGUUAGUGUUGUGUGCAGUGCUGUCUAUUAUUGGACUUGUAUUUACAACAAAGGGUGGUAUCUUGGCACUGAACUUUGUGGACAGCUAUAUAUCUCAGAUUUGUCCAUAUGUUGUUGCUACACUUGAAUGCUGCCUACUCAUGUACAUAUUUGGGGCAAGGAAAUUUGUGCAUAAUAUAGAAGAUAUGACUGGACAUAAAAACUCACCAUGGUGGAUGUGUAAUUGGAAGUUCCUUUCUCCUUGUAUAUUACUGGCAUUAAUAGUUUGCAGCAUCAUGUUCCCUGUACAUGUGAGAUACAGAGAUCUGGCAUAUCCUGACUGGACAGAAAUACUGGGCUGGUGUUUGUCUGUCUUACCACUAGUGUGUAUACCAGGGUGUGGAUUGAAGGCAUUCUUACAACAGCCAGGCACGUUUACACAGAGACUGAAGGAGCUGUUACGGACACCUCAUGGUUGGGGUGCAGGUCUGAUUAACAGUCAUGACCAUGACAACAGUGCACCAGACUAUGUGAUAUGUCAUCCGGACAACCACCGUCCAGUGCAUGGGUUGGCUAUGUUGACAGCAAAUCUGUAUGUGCCACAGUUGACUCCGCUUUCAGCAGAAGAGGUCCCACAAGAAACUAGUUCAGAGAUGACUGGAGGAUAUUUAUCAGACCUUAUAACAGUAACAAGUACAGACAGUAUAGAAAGUGGUCCAGAAAAUGAGGAAAGAGGAAACUGGCGGGGAAAACUGGAAUUUAUUUUGUCGUGUCUGGGAUAUGUUGUGGGACUUGGAAACAUCUGGAGAUUUCCAUACCUUGUGUAUAGAAAUGGUGGAGGUGCAUUUUUCAUUCCAUACCUGAUAAUGCUGACAUUUUGUGGCAUUCCUCUGGUAUUUAUGGAAAUGGGUUUUGGACAGUAUGCCAGUCUUGGUCCAGUCACAAUAUGGAGGGCAGUACCUUUGUUUAAAGGUGUUGGCUAUGCCAUGGUUGUUAGUGUUGCUUUCAUCUGUGUAUACUACAACGUUAUCAAUGCUUGGGCUUUCCACUAUUUGUUCUCAUCAUUUACUGCAAACCUACCCUGGGCUUCUUGUGAUAACAAGUGGAACACUGAAGCUUGCAGAUUGAACAAGUAUCAAGUGACAAACUGCAGUCUUUUAAAUGAAACAUUCCUUGAUGAACCUACUGUCAACAACACAUUCUGUGGAAUCUAUCUACAAGAGUGCAUAAAGUCUGACAACCAGACUCAGUUCCUACAGGACAAUAUCACAGGAUGUAUAAGUUGGUUACAUGGCAAGUUUGGUGAUGCCCUGUAUAUACCAGAGAGACAGAAUAUGAUGGCAAACCUAAAAGAUCCAAGCGAGGAAUAUUUCCAUAAUCAAGUAUUAAAUGAGUCUGAUGGAUUACAGAACAUGGGAUCUGUACAAUGGCAACUUGCUCUGUACCUUCUUCUUUGCUGGGUCAUUGUUUUCAUGUGCUUGGUCAGGGGAAUCUACUCUGCUGGAAAGGUAGCAUAUUUUGUUGUGAUUAUUCCAAUAAUUUUACUGGUUGUGUUGCUAAUCUGCGCAAUGAUGGUUGAAGGUCAUCUAGAGGGGAUCCGUUUCUAUGUGAACCCUAAAUGGGACAAGGUGCUCACAAUGCAAGUCUGGAGUGAUGCUGCAUCACAAGUCUUCUUCUCGCUGUCAGCCUGUAGCGGAGGUCUCACCACACUGUCCAGUUAUAACAAGUUCCAUAACAAUAUCUACAGGGAUGCAAUAUUGAUAUGCAUUGUGGACACACUGAUGAGCAUUCUGGCUGGCUUCACAGUGUUUGCUUCUAUGGGAAUACUGGCCCAUCAGCUCAAUACCACAGUAGACAAUGUUGUCACAUCAAAUAUAGGUCUUGUGUUUGUUGCAUUCCCGGCUGCUGUUACCAAUUUCCAGCCAUCAGCAAUGUGGUCAGCGUUCUUCUUCCUGAUGAUAGUGAUGAUGGGAAUGAGUUCCAUCCUCGUGAUGACAGAGAUCAUCAUCACCGUGAUCAUGGAUGAGAACGUGGAAAUUUUCCGCAAGUCACGAAUACUGGUGCUGUUAAUUACAUGUUCUGUAUUAUACCUGUUAGGGCUUCCAAUGACAACAGAGGGUGGUUUAUACCUCCUUCAGUUACUGGAUCAGUUCUGUGGAGGAACACCAAAUGUUGUAAUAGGUAUAUUCAUGUGUGUGGGUCUGGCCUGGGUCUACAAGAUACGUCAUUUCUGUACAGACCUUGGGUUGAUGUUGGGACGGCCUGUCAGCUGGUGGUGGAGAGGAAUGUGGUGUUUCGUGUCUCCAGUUAUAAUGAUAUUUAUCCUUGUAUCUGCCAUUAUUACUGGAGUGAACCUGAAAACGGAGCAUUAUCCUGUCUGGGCAGAGCCAUUGGCUAUUACCCUUACUGUUCUAUGUGUGAUCUCAAUACCAGGGUAUGCUGUGAAAAAAAUUUGCAAUCUUGAAGGACCAAUACGACAGAGAAUUCAAGAAGCUUGUUUAUCACAAGAUAAUUGGGGACCAGCACUUAUUAAACACUGGAAACAUGUAGAAUAUUAUCCAGCUGUGAAUACACAUACAUUGUCAGUAGAUAUAGAACAAAGCCCUGUUCAUGCUAUAGCAGAUCGUGUAGAUUUUUCUACAUCUCAGGUGCGUUUGCCAAAAUUAUCAGAAGCAACGUUAAUAAGCCAUAAUAAACAGAUGUCUCCUAAACGACCACAGGAGCUUCGCCAGAAAGCAAUACUUAACCAUGCUUAUAGCAACCCACAAUGCAAUAUGUCCAAUGGUUCGAUAGACCAGAUCAAACCAAGGUUGUCCUUUUCAGAGAUUUCACCAUCUGGAGAUGUUCUUAUAGUAACAAGAAAGAAGUUGAGUAUUGGGUCUCAGGACGCAGCAACACAGACAGAUGCUAGAAGUUUUACUCUUGCUCUCAAACAAGGGAGUGUUAGGUCAUUGAAGGAGAUGAAGAUAGAGACAGAUGUAAAUCCCUCAACCAGCUGCAACACAUUACAAGUGGAAGUGACUAAAUUUUGAGGAAAUAUUUGCAUUCCAUUCUUUUUAACACCAAUUUACAGAUGCAGGUUCUGAUAAAAAAGAGCUAAGACUUAUGAAAAUGACGAAAGGCUGAGAAAAAGUUGGCACUCAGUCCUUUUUGAAACAAAAUUACAGAAAAUUUGUGCUGAGACAGUUGAAACGGAUGAAAUUCUAGGAAAUGUUGAUAUUCUGUAACCCAAUUACAGAUGCAAGGUCUGAAUAUAAUUUAGCUGAGGCAGGUAGAACUGACUGCUUCUUAAUAAAUGUGAACUUUCCAUCUUGUUUGAUAAAAAGUGGGUAUAGACAGUUGGCAGUGAUUAAACUCUGAUAAAAUAUUGGCAUUUAGUCCUUAAAAAGACCGUGUCUCCACUGUUUUUAUGUCCCCUGUGUCAAAGACCGGGGAAGCAUAUAGUGUUUGAACCGGGCAUCCGACCUUCAGUCUGUCACUUUCUUCUUUACUCGUCUCCUCCUGUUGUUCUAUCCAAUUAAAAUGAAACUUUGCAUGAAGUGGAUAUGUGUAUAUUACCAGAAGUGUCAUGUCUGAUUAUUUUUCUUGACUUGUAGCCCUGUAGUGGACUUUGCUUAUUUUUCUAUCGGGCAUUUGCAUGAGGCAUAUGACAAUGUUGACACCAUUCUAGUUAGCUUACCUAAACUUUGAUCAGGGUGAGAAAUUAGUAUAGGUAGAUGGUUUGGCAUCAGUUGUCCUGAGUCCUUCGUCACGUUUUUAGUUAAACAUUUUCUUCUCUGAAGGUACUGGUCAGACUUGCACCAAAUUUAGUCAGUAAUAUCCUGGCAUAAACCUCUAUCAAAUUAUUUUAAAAGGUUCACUUCUGUGGCCAUUAGAGCUGAAAAUAGAAAUACAUGUACCUUAAAACAACUUUUUCUCAUGAACCGCUGUGUGGAACUUAUCAAAGUUGGUCUGUAACAUUAUUAUAAGGUCUUCUCUCAAGUUCCUUCAAAUUGGGGCAUUUGGUCCUUUUUAGGGGCUGCAUGAGCUAAAAAUAGAAAUGCCUUUAAAUGACUCUUUCUCAUGAAAUGCGUUGUGGAUCUUAAUCAAAACCUGGUCUGAAGCAUCAUUUAAAGGUCUUCUCCCAAUUUUUAGCUCACCAGAGCCAAAGGCUCAGGGUGAGCUAUUCUGAUCAUUCACCGUCCGGCAUCCGUAAACUUUUACUUUACACAACAUCUCCUCAUAAACCGCUAGGCCAAUUUCAUCCAAACUUCACAGGAAUGUUCCCUGGGUGAAGCUCUACAAAAUUUUUCAAAGAAUUGAAUUCCAUGCAGAACUCUGGUUGCCAUGGCAACAGAAAGGAAAAACUUUAAAAACCUUCUUCUCGAAAACCAGAAGCCUAGAGCUUAGAUAUUUGGUGUGAAGCAAUGCCUAGUGGACCUCUACCAAGUUUGUUCAAAUCGUGACCCUGGGGUCAAAAUUGACCCCGCCCCAGGGGUCACUUGAUUUUACAUAGGAAAAUCUUCAAAAAUCUUCUUCUCAAAAACCAGAAGCCCUAGAGCUUAGGUUUUUGACAUGUAGCAUUGCCUAGUGGACCUCUACUAAAGUUGUUCAAAUCAUGACCCCGGGUUCAAAAUUGACCCCGCCCCAGGGGUCACUUGAUUUUACAUAGGAAAAUCUUCAAAAAAAUUCUAAAAAUAAACCAGAAGGCCUAGAGCUUAGAUAUUUGACAUGUAGCAUUGCCUAGAGGACCUCUACAAAAUUUGUUCAAAUCAUGACCCCCGGGAUCAAAAUUGACCCCACACCAGGGGUCACUUGAUUUUACAUAGGAAAAUCUUCAAAAAAUUUCUAAAAAUAAACCAGAAGGCCUAGAGCUUAGAUAUUUCACGUGUAGCAUUGCCUAGUGGACCUCUACAAAAUUUGUUCAAAUCAUGACCCUCGGGGUCAAAAUUGACCCCGCCCCAGAGGUCACUUGAUUUUACAUAGGAAAAUCUUCAAAAAUUUUCUAAAAAUAAACCAGAAGGGCUAGAUCUUAGAUAUUUGACAUGUAGCAUUGCCUAGUAGACUUCUACAAAAUUUGUUCAAAUCAUGACCCCGGGGUCAAAUUGACCCCGCCCCAUGGGGUUACUUGAUUGUACAUAGAAAAAUCUUCAAAAUUUUCUAAAAAUAAAGUAGAAGGCCUAGAUCUUAGAUAUUUGACAUGUAGCAUUGCCUAGUGGACCUUUACAAAAUUUGUUCAAAUCAUGACCCCCGGGGUCAAAAUUUACCCCGCCCAAGGGGUCACUUGAUUUUACAUAGGAAAAUCUUCAAAAAAUUUCUUAAAAUAAACCAGAAGGCCUAGAGCUUAGAUAUUUGACUUGUAGCAUUGCCUAGUGGACCUCUACAAAAUUUGUUCAAAUCAUGACCCCGCCCCAGGGGUCACUUGAUUUUACAUAGGAAAAUCUUAAAAAAAUUUCUAAAAAUAAACCAGAAGGCCUAGGUCUUAGAUAUUUGACAUGUAGCAUUGCCUAGUAGACUUCUACAAAAUUUGUUCAAAUCAUGACCCCCGGGUUCAAAUUGACCCUGCCCCAUGGAGUUACUUGAUUGUACAUAGAAAAAUCUUCAAAAUUUUCUAAAAAUAAACCAGAAGGACUAGAGCUUAGAUAUUUGACAUGUAGCAUUGCCUAGUGGACCUCUACAAAAGUUGUUCAAAUCUUGACCCCGCCCCAGGGGUUACUUGAUUGUACAUAGGGAAAUUUUCAUAAAUUUGCUAAAAAUAAACCAGAAGGCCUAGAUCUUAGAUAUUUGAUAUGUAACAUUUCCUAGUAGACUUCUACAAACUUUGUUCAAAUCAUGACCCUCGGGGUAAAAUUGUCCCUGCCCCAGGGGUUACUUGAUUGUACAACGGAAAAUCUUCCAAAAAAUUUCUAAAAAUCAUCAGUUUGACAUUUGAAACAUGUAGCUCAUAUUACUCUGGUGAGCGAUCCAGGGUCAUCAUGACCCUCUUGUUUUUCAAAUUGGGGCACUUUGCCCUUUUAGGGGCUACUAGAACUAAAAAUAGAAAUACCUUUAAAUGACUUUUUCUCUUUAACCCCUCAAUGGAUCUUCAUCAAACUUUGUCUGUAGCAUUGUUAUAAGCUCCUCUCUCAAUUUUUUAUUUGAUGACUUGUAGAGGCCAUUAGAGCUAAGAAUAGAAAAGGCUUUAAAUGACUUCUUCUCAUGAACCACUUAAUGGAUUGUCAUCAAACUUGAUAUGUAGAAUCAUUGUAAUGGUUCUUCUUGGUCCCUUUUAGGGGAAACCAGAAAAAAAUAUUGAAAUGGUUAUGCAUUUUCGGGGCAUCACAGCAGAAGUUAGGCAAACAACAAUUAAAUAACUUUUUUUAAUGAACAGCUUAAAGGAUUUUCACCAACCCUCUUUUAAAGCAAGGUCAGAUGGCAAAGUUCGCCUCAGGUGAGCGACACGCUGAUUUGGCCCUUUUGUUUUAUUGAAAAACUACAUUUAAUAUUUAUCAAAUGGUUUAAAGCUAAUUAACUAAAUAAAUAUUUCUUAACUGUCCUUUAUAUCUGCAACUUCACUAAGUCUUUUGAGAACCCCAAACAAAAUCUUAAAAUUAUUUUUUUUUUUUUUUUUUUGAAAAAUCAGUUUUGAAAAGUUCUCUAAGACUGUUCUUUCUAACAUGAUUGACUGUGAUCUCAUAUCCCUGAACAAAAUAUACUUAUGUGUUAUUUACCCUUAUCAUGCUGGACACGAUUGAUUCUGCCUUUGCACCCAGUGCAAAUCAUGAUCAGCCUGCACAUCCGUUCAUUAUAGAAAUUUAGCAGGGCAGUGGUUAAAUUUGUGUAAAGAAAUAUGAAAAAGUGCAGCAGUUGCAUAUUCUGAGAGUAGAGGAGAGCAGUAUUAUUUUGCAAAAAAUAAAUUCUACACAUUUCUGGCUUAUCAUAUCAGAUUAACUUGUGGUAUCUAGUAUUAUCUAAAUUUGUUUUUUGAAAGAAUUAAAUUGUGAUUUAAACUUUUAAUGCAGUGAUACAUGUUAAAUUUACAUAUCAAAUGAUGUCACAUACCAGAUGUGAGAGAAGUCAGUAUGGAAAAAUAGACAGACAGAGUUUGAAAUGUGUAUUAAAUACACAUUGAUAUAUGUACAUGUAUAAUUAUGUGAAAUAUUUUGUUUGAAAAAUAAGCUGUGUGUUGUCAUGAUUUUCUACAAACUUUUAUUAAGAUGAUAUGCUUCAUAUAGUACCGGUAGCAUUUGAAUCGAGUUGAAAUGACUUAUGAAUUGUUUUCUCAUAAAAGAAACAUUAACUUUGGUAUAGUAUUUCAGUUAAGGUUAAAAUUUGUAACACUUAUAAGAGGACGACCAUUAUAUUUUGGUGGGGGUGGGGAUGGCGGUCUGACAGUUUGGGCCUCACUGGAAAAUCACAAUUUUCAUUUGGGACUGAUGUUUGUAAAUGAAGCUUUUUGAGUCUUACAAUGUUUUAUAUAGUCGCCUUCAGUUAAAAUAAUUCUUAGUCCUUGAAAAAUAAACAGUUUGGCAAAUGUGAAGCAAUUUAACAGAGUAUGAAAAUCACCAGCCAAAAUUCAAAAACUGGAUAAGAACAUGUUACACCAUAGACUGAUGGGCACAGACUUAGAAAUGUGAACAUUUUAAAUUGAAACUGUAAAAUCAUAGAUACUCAUUGGGUGUUAAUUUUUACGGUUAAGUCAAACCAUAAAAUCAAGUCCCAACAAACAAAUUAAAUUUCUACGUAUUUACUUUCAAGUUUGAUGACAUGGAAAAUAAUGAAGCUAAACUACGAUUGUUUGUUACCUUUUUCUGCCAAUCCUCUCCCCACCCACAAUGACUUUCUAGUAGUUCCCUAGCAGCACAUGACUAGACUGAAGAUCUGACAUGAAUUUCAAUUGUUUUGUUUUGUUUAUUUCAGCUGUUUAUAAGAUUCAGCCCUUACAUAUGUUUUAUUUAUGUAUUACAAUAUUUGAUUUAUAACAAUAACCUAUUUUCACCAGACUGUGAUUACUUGUAAAUAAAACAUGUAAAUAAAUGUUUGUUGAACCAU